UGCGCCGGAGCUUGUGGCGUCAAUGCGGCCGCUGUGUCCAUGGAGAGAGGCUGAGGUGGCCGAGCUCCGGCCCGAGGCAACGGGGCGCCGGGACGGCGAGAAUGUCGGCUUCGUUAGUCCGGGCCACUGUCCGGGCUGUGAGCAAGAGGAAGCUGCAGCCCACCCGGGCCGCCCUCACCCUGACACCUUCAGCAGUAAACAAGAUAAAACAGCUUCUUAAAGAUAAGCCUGAACAUGUAGGUCUGAAAGUUGGUGUCCGAACCAGGGGUUGUAAUGGCCUUUCUUAUACUCUAGAAUAUUCAAAGACGAAAGGAGAUUCUGAUGAAGAAGUUGUGCAAGAUGGAGUCAGAGUGUUCAUCGAAAAGAAAGCCCAGCUAACACUUUUAGGAACAGAAAUGGACUAUGUUGAAGAUAAAUUAUCCAGUGAGUUUGUUUUCAAUAACCCGAACAUCAAAGGAACGUGUGGCUGUGGAGAAAGCUUUAAUAUUUAACUGCUCUGGCUGUAAGCUCCGGGAAGACUCUUGGAAGUCCUAGGGCUUACUGAAGAAAUGAUGUGACUGUCAUGUGCCGAAAGUGUAUAAUGUAUGACUGCCUUAUGAGGAAAAUAAAAUGAUGCAUUUUGAAAGUGAAACCAGUAUGUUAGAUUCCAGAAGAAGUGAUAUUUGUACUAUUUUUAAAGGGCAGAAAAUGAGAAGCCAUUACUCUCUGAGUCAUUAGCCUGAUCCGUAAAGAAAAAAAAAAUCCUACCCUGCACUUCAUUGUCUUGCAUCCUUUUUAUUAGAACCAGUUUCAUGCAAGUUGCCUUCCUGGAGGCUGUCAGGAACGUAUUUAAUACAUGCGCGCUCCAUAGAUGGCCGUUGAAUGGCUCGAAUGUGCAUUUACCCACCAGAUUGAUGGCUCUUAAAUUCUUAAAUUCAGAGGCACAAGAUCCUGACUGCUGGCGUGACAUGGAAGUGUAAUUUUUCUACCCAAACUUGACACAGCAUUUCUACAUUUUUGUCCCAAAUUUCAUUGUUAGAUGCCUCAUUUGCUUUCCCCUUUACCAGCACCAGCGGGUAGAUGAAAGUAUCAAAGAUUUCCUUGAACAUCAGAACAGUUCUGAACAGUGGCAUCAACAGGUAAGAAUCACUUAGCCCACCACUUUCAAUCCAUUUCUUUUGCCACCCUCAGUGUCCCCUCAACAGUGGAGUCCCAGGCUGGCUUAGAUCCUUUUGGUUGAAAGGUGUCUAAAAAGCCAUCCAGCCCACCCCUCAAUUCUGUACCUGGGGUACAACCCCCAGGGAAGCAGAAGGACUUUUGUCCACCCUCACACCGUAGGCUCGGUAGCAGCGGAGCUGGGACCACUCUUGUGUUCCCUUCCGUGUAGGGGACAAGCCAGCUCUAGUCUGAGGCAGGCAGCAACAGUCAGCGUGUGGUCUGGCUUCUUUAUCUGGUUGGCAUUCUGAUAAGAUUUCAUUGUAAUUUGAUGAAGAUCGUUAUCUAUUUUAUUUUGAGAAGAAUCUUAUUUUAAAACCCACUUGUGUGAAUUACUGUCUUAUUUCUUUAGAACUGUGAGACAUGGUUUAUACUAGCAGAGAGGACAUUGUAGCACGCCAGAAAUACCCUUUUCGAAUGUUGUGGUUAAUUCUGAAGCAAAACAUUGAAGGUCUUUUCUUCAAAUUCCCAGGACGUGUACAUUUUCUGGAUCUAAAGUUCAGUGACUAAAAUUCUUAACCUAACAUUGUUACCACCAAUGUUUCUUUGACAGCCUUUGUUUUGUCAUUUAGUGAUUUUCAUUCCUGGGUUUGACAUAAGUGUUCUAUGAGAUGUCACACUUUUUUUGAAAGCUGGUUCUCACAAAGUAGCCAUCACACUUCUGUCCGUCCUGUUUACCCAAGUACCUGGCACACAGAAUGCACGAAAACCUAGCACAGCGGCUCUGUAGAUGUUCAUGAGUUCGUAUUGUUAACAGAACUGUCAGUCCACCUAUAAUUUGUGCAAUACUGUACGUGUGUAGAGAAUGAAUUGUCAAUAAAAACAUGGCCUCUGUGUGAUCGUAAAA